GACUCGGAUGAUGAUAUAGCAUAUCUCGAUGAUGACAAUGGCUUCUGUGCUUCUCUCAUGGCAAAGAUGAUGGCCAAUAGCUUCUGUGACCAGUUAUGCCAGCUGAAUCAUACAAUGAGGAAGAACUGCCGUGUGGCCGUCAAGACCACUAACUUCUACUGGUUAGUGCUCCUUCUGGUGUUUCUCAACACAGUGGCCAGUGCCUCUGAACAUUACGGACAGCCAAAGUGGCUCACAGAGAUGCAAGAGCGAGCCAACAAGAUCCUGCUGCUGCUGUUCACUUUGGAGAUGUUGAUGAAGAUGUAUGCCUUCGGCCUGCAGAUCUAUUUCAUGGCGCUGUUCAACCGCUUUGAUUGCUUCGUGGUGUGCGGCGGCAUCCUCGAGACGCUGCUUGUAGAGUUAGAAGUCAUCCCGCCCAUCGGCAUCUCUGUGCUGCGCUGCAUCCGACUGCUCAGGAUAUUCAAGAUGACUCGGCACUGGGCUGCUUUGUCCGACCUGGUCAACUCGCUGCUCAACUCUAUGAAAGCUAUCUGCUCCCUUCUGCUCCUGCUCUUCCUCUUCCUCAUCAUCUUCGCCUUGCUGGGCAUGCAGCUGUUUGGAGGCAAAUUCAACUUUGACGAGACUCAGAUGAAGAGAAGUACUUUUGACUCCUUCCCCCAGGCUCUGCUCACUUGCUUCCAGAUCCUCACUGGAGAGGAUUGGAACGCUGUGAUGUACGAUGGCAUCAUGGCUUACGGGGGGCCGAUCUUCCCCAACAUGGUGGUGUGCAUUUAUUUCGUCAUCCUCUUCGUCUGUGGUAACUACAUCCUGCUUAAUGUCUUCUUGGCUAUCGCUGUGGACAACUUGGCAGGAGGCGGCGGAAAGAAACAAGUCGAGGAGAAAAAGGAAGAGGAAGAAGAGUGGGAUGAGGAUGAGGAGAAAGAGGAUGAAGAUGCAGGGAACGAUGAGGAUGACUGGCAGGAAAAUGAGGAGCUGAGGGCCAUCGAGGGUCUGGAGGGUGUUGCUCCAUUAAAGCCUGAGUUCUCAGGGCCCAAAGAGAAGAUUGUUCCAAUCCCUGACGGAAGCUCCUUCUUCCUUCUUGGAAAGAAAAACUGUUUGCGAGUCGCCUGCCACAACCUCAUCCAUCACCCCUACUUCACCAACUUCAUUCUCAUCUUCAUCAUCCUCAGUAGCAUUUCCCUCGCCGCUGAGGAUCCAAUCAAAUCUCACUCAUUCAGGAACAUUGUGCUCGGUUAUGCAGAUUAUGUUUUCACUUCAGUUUUCACAGUGGAGAUCGUACUAAAGAUGACAGUCUAUGGAGCUUUUCUACACACCGGCUCAUUCUGCAGAAACGCUUUCAACCUUCUUGACUUGCUGGUUGUUAGUGUGUCGCUCACGUCUUUCUUCUUACAUUCGAGUGCGAUCUCUGUGGUCAAGAUUCUCCGAGUGUUGCGAGUGCUCAGGCCUCUUCGAGCCAUCAACAGAGCCAAGGGACUAAAGAGUGUGAUCCAGUGUGUGUUCGUAGCGAUCCGAACCAUCGGCAACAUCUUGAUUGUAACAACACUCCUUCAGUUCAUGUUUGCAUGUAUUGGAGUGCAGCUCUUCAAGGGCAGAUUCUACAGCUGCACAGAUGAAGCCAAACACACUCCCGUUGAGUGCAGGGGAACGUUUGUGGUCUAUAAAGACGGGGAUAUGAACCACCCCAUGGUGAAAGAGAGGGUCUGGGAAAACAGUGAUUUCAACUUUGACAAUGUGCUGAUGGGCAUGCUGGCAUUAUUCACUGUGUCUACAUUUGAAGGCUGGCCACAGCUUCUUUAUCGCUCCGUGGAUGCCAACGCCAUCAACCGAGGGCCCAUUUACAACUACCGAGUAGAAAUCUCCAUCUUCUUCAUCAUCUACAUCAUCAUCAUCGCCUUCUUUAUGAUGAACAUAUUCGUGGGUUUUGUCAUCAUCACAUUUCGAGAGCAAGGAGAGGCGGAGUUCAAAAACUGUGAACUCAAUAAAAAUCAACGUCAGUGUGUGUACUAUGCUCUGAAAGCUCAACCUAUAAAGAUUUACAUUCCUAAAAACCCGUCGCAGCUCAAAUUCUGGAAAAUCAUCAACUCCAGCCAGUUUGAAUACAUCAUGUUCGUGCUGAUUCUGGGAAACACACUCACUCUGGCUGUUCAGCAUUACGAGCAGUCGAAACUCUUCACCUCCAUCAUGGACAUCCUCAACAUGAUCUUCACGGUGGUUUUCACCAUAGAGAUGAUCGUCAAGUUGCUGGCUCUGCGCGCUCAUCACUAUUUCAUCGAUCCAUGGAAUUCAUUUGAUGCUUUGAUUGUUGUGGGGAGUGUGUUGGAUAUUGCAGUCUCUGAGUUCAGCGGAGGAGGCGGCCAUGGAGAGGGUAAAGGAGAGAGUGGGAAAGUGUCCAUCACAUUCUUCCGUUUGUUCCGAGUCUUGAGGUUGGUUAAACUGCUCAGCAAAGGAGAGGGCAUUCGAACGCUCCUCUGGACGUUUGUCAAGUCGCUGCAGGCCCUGCCUUAUGUUGGUCUGCUCAUUGCCAUGAUCUUUUUCAUCUACGCUGUAAUCGGCAUGCAGACAUUUGGGAAAGUGGCCAUCGAUGACAACACGCAUAUCAACAGAAACUGUAACUUUCAGACUUUCUUCAUGGCUGUUUUGGUGCUCUUCAGGUGUGCCACUGGAGAGCAGUGGCAGGAGAUUAUGUUGGCAGCUCUGCCCGGUAGACGCUGUGACCCAGAAGCCGACACUGAGCCCGGUGAAGAGUUCACCUGCGGUAGCAACUUGUCUUACAUCUACUUCAUCAGCUUCUUCAUGCUCUGUGCCUACCUGAUUAUCAACUUGUUCAUUGCCGUCAUCAUGGACAACUUUGAAUACCUGACACGAGACUGGACCGUGCUCGGCACUCACCACCUGGACGAGUUUAAGAGAGUCUGGUCUGACUACGAUCCAGAGGCCACCGGUCGUAUAAAACACAUCGAUGUCGUCACUAUGCUGCGUAGGAUUCAACCACCUCUUGGUUUUGGAAAACUGUGUCCUCAUCGUGUAGCUUGCAGGAGACUGGUGGCUAUGAACGUCCCACUGCACACGGAUGGGACCGUCACCUUCAAUGCUACUUUAUUUGCUCUUGUGCGAACCUCCCUCAAGAUCAAGACUGAAGGCCCCAUCGACCAGCAGAAUGAAGAGCUGAAGGUGAUCAUUAAAAAGCUCUGGAAGCACACCAAGCCCAAACUCAUUGAUGAAGUCAUUCCUCCCCCUAGAGGGGAUGAGGUGACUUGUGGGAAAUUUUAUGCCAGCUUCUUGAUUCAGGACUAUUUUAAAAAGUUCCGCAAGAGAAAGGAGAGGGAGAGGAAAUCCAAAAGGAAGGACAGGGCGGCUUCUCUGCAGCUCGGGCUGCGGACGCUGCAGGACCUGGCUCCAGAGAUGCGUCUGGCGAUGGCCUGCGACCUCGAGGACGAGGAGGGUGUGGACGGAGAGAUGACUGGUGAUGAGAUGCAAGGCAGCGAGGCCGGAAACUCGUUGGCCACCACGCCUGCUACCACGCCGCUGCCACCUAUAGAAACUCUGGUAGACCAGAUCAGUGUGUUUAUGGAGCCUGAGCCUGGGAUGACCUUCGAGGACGUGAUCACAUCGCAGGUGAUGGGCAUGCAGGAGCAACAGAGACCAGGAUCAGAGCUGGCGGGAGUCAGCGUUGUAAGAGAGCAGCCUGUGAGGUCCGUUCCGCCGGUGAUCAGAGUGGACUCCAUUUGCGAGUUGCCGCCUCCUCCUCAAGAGAUAGUACCUGCUGUGGUUGAAGCACCGGUUGUAGUUGAAGCACCAGUUGUAGUUGAAGCACCAGUUGUAGUCGAACAGGUGUAUAGCACUGAAGGAGACGCUGCAGGUCUGGAACCAGUAGACAGCUAUGCGUAUCCAGAAGCCGUCUCUCCUACACCAACUGAGAUGGGCUACAAUGAAUACAGCCUGGACAGAGAUGGCAGCAUUGGGGAGAUACUCAAUGCAGCCAAUGGCUAUGACAGCAACGGUUAUAACGACAACAACAUGAAUGGAGGCAGUUAUCCCGUAAGCCCCAGUCCAUGUCCCACAAAUGGAUAUAACGGGAACGGAUACACAGGCGACCACGGCAGUGUUAUUAGCGCCAAUGGAAGUACAAUGAUCGGCAAUGAGAAUGGCAGCAUGUACAGUGGUUACACUGGGAACGGCUACAAUGGAAGUGAGAAUGGCUCACAGUUUGUCAGGAGACGAUUACUUCCUCCCUUACCAAGAGGUCGUAAACCAUCCUUUAACUUUAAGUGUCUGAGGCCACAGAGCAGUGUGGACGACCUCCCCGUCCCAGGGACCUACCGUGGGAGCACGACCCCCACCAGAUCCCGUCUCCAGACCCAGCAGACCCUGGACUCCCGGCCCAGCAGCGUGUCCUCCAUGUCGUCUGCUUCCUGGGCGAACGCGCCAGCAGCGGGCGCCACUCCUCUUCCAGGAAUAAUCGCCCCCUCAGGGCGCAGGGGCAAGCUCAUCUACACCCCUAUGAUCCUGGUGGACGAAGCCACCGGCAACAGCCAGCCGCUGUGGAGUGACGGCUCCGCCAGCCUCCCUGUAGGAAGCAGAGCACCGGGCUGGUACCCCGGACAGACCAGGACCUUGACCAGCAUGAGGAUGCCACCGCCCAACCAGGGCUUUGUUGAUAAAGGCAGUGCAGACAGUCUGGUCGAAUCGAUCCUGAUCUCCGAGGGUCUCGGUGUUUACGCCAGGGACCCAAAGUUUGUGAGCUUUGCCAAGCGGGAGAUCGCUGAGGCCUGUCACAUGAGCCUGGACGACAUGGAGCACGCGGCCACUGACCUCAUAGCUCGCGGAGCAAGUCAGUCCAUUUCUCGAUUUGAGGAAGAACUGGCUGAUGAAAUGAACUGCGUGAUUUCUUACUGAGAUCAGCAAAACUGAAAUAACUGUGUGAGCAGGUGAGGUGUGAAGUUCGUGGGGGGUAAAAGUAUGUGUUUCAGGAAGAAAAAGCAAAUGAACUGGACAACAUGAGUGUAAGAAUUUUGUUGUACUAAUGGGACAGUGUGGUCUACUUUCCGAAGGUAAAAUGUUGUGUUGGUGAAAUAUACUUUUAUUUGUAAAUGCCAAAACACACACACACACACAUAAACACACACUGAUUUUAAGAGCACGUGUCAAUUUGUGGCAGGACUCAACAACAACUCUAUGAAACUCAUGACUGCAGUUUUGCAGAAUAACCUGCUGAAUGUGACAGAAAACUGUGGCUCUUGGCAUUAUUACCAUGAAAAGGGACCUUUUUUUGCAUUUUACUCUUAUUUUCUACUUUACUUGAAUGGUUUAUACUUUACACACUUUAUACACCUGUAUAAACUGUAAAAAAUAAUAUUAAAUAUUAAGCUAUUAGAUCAAUGAAACAACACUUUAUUACAGAAAUAAUCGAUACACGAGUGCCCAACAGCAUUCACUAUUAUAGAGAAAUAUUUAAAUAUACUGAAUAUUAAAUAUCCUCUAAUAUGCAACUCGUAGCAAAGAUUUUUGUGGCUAUAAA